AUGGAGGCGCCCACCCGGAGCGUGAGCGCCGCGGUCCGCGAGCACCUGCGGCAGCUGUGUCUGCAGGAGUUCCCGUGCGGCACGGGCAGCUGGAAUAAGUCGCGCUUCCUUCCUCGAACUUGGCGAACAUGGAGGGAGCUGAUGCCCAGAGAGGAGGAGGCUGUGAGCCCCAGGGAGGAGACGGUGGAGGCUCUGCUGGACCUGGUCCGCAGCCCCGACUCACCCUGGGCUCUGCUAGAAGGCUCCAGUGCAGAGGACCGUUUUCUGAGAGAACUGGCCAUCCAGAAUCCACUGAUGCUGAAAGACUCCUUCUUCUACUCUUACUUCAAGUCCCUGCGGGUGGUGGACAAGCAGGUGAGCCUGGUGGAUAAAGACCUCCUGAAAUUUACCAAGCUUGAAGAGUUGGUACUGAGUGCUAAUCGAAUCAAGGAGAUCGAUGCCGUCAAUCUGCCUCCAACUCUCAAGGUCUUGGAGCUCUACGGCAACGAGGUCACCAGCGUGGAGUGUCUGUGCGCCCGCCCACCCCCGGGGCUCCAGCACUUGGGGUUAGGUCACAACAAACUUCUGGGCCCCUUGGAAAGUCUACACGUCACUGCGGAUCACUGGCCCAACCUCGUCUCUCUGGACCUGGGCUUCAACAACCUGACGGACCUGCAGAGCAUGAUCGCCAGCCUCAGCACCCUCCAACACCUGCGGCUGCUGGUGCUGCAGGGGAACCCGCUGGCCCUGGUGCCCUACUACCGGGGCCUCACCAUCGACAGCCUGUCCCGGCUCUGCGUGCUAGACGACAUCACCGUGUCUCCCAGUGAGAAGCACCUGUUCCGGGGGCUCAGCCACAGUGGGGAUCUCUUGGCACGUGAGGCACAGUUCGUGGUGACUAUUGGAAAUGUCAGAGGGGUCCCGGACACCUCUGUCUUGGACCCGGAACCAGGGCCCCAGGGCCCUUUUAUCACCUACAGCUACUACGUGACCUACCAUUUUGUGGAAGAUGAAGAGGGUGAAGGAAGUGAAUAUGGUGGCGUGCUGGCUGAGAUCGUCAAGCCCUCUCCCAGCCUGGAACGAUUAGGCGAAGAGUUCCCUGAAGAAGUCAUCGAAGAGGCUGAAGACUCGCUGGAGUCUGGGCUGACGACCCAGUCCCAGUCGGGAGAGUUGGAGGAGUCCCUGGUCUCCGGCGGGUCGGCGCCUUUGCCAAGGUUGAUAGACUCCGCAGAAGAGUUGGCCAAGUUGCGGCCGCUUAUAGAUCCCCGGCUCUGCCCAUCCCCAGGGACAGUUCUCUUCAGCACCGUCCGCAAGCCCUGGGCAGACGCCAUCCCCUGCAACUACGAGAUGCAGCACACCCUCAAGGACCUGGUGCCACUCAAGGCCUUCCUGCUGGCGGGAACCACAGUGACCAUCGUGGAGGAGAAGAUUCUCUCCUGGCCUGAGGGGCCGCCUCCCAUCGACAGUUCCUUGUCUGCCAAGAAAGGAAAAGGAGAGAAGGACAAGAAAUACAAGAAGGGAAGAGAUGGAAAAGGAGAGAAAGAGGCAGUUAAGGUACAGAAGGGGUCCAAGAAGAAGAAAGAGCUUCCUAAGGAGCUCCUCCAGGACCCGCCCAUCCUGCGGGUGCUGGGCAGCGGCAUGGUGGUCCUGGAGCCGCUGCUCGUCGGGGAGCCACUUGUGUCCACUGUGUGCAACUUCGGGCUGAUCCGCACCUUGGAAUCCGACAGGCUGACGUUUCUCAGGGACUCAAAGAAGAAUAAGAAAGCUAAAAAAGAAAAUAAAAAAUCUACGGUUUUAAUGUACGAAGGCGACUACCAGCCCGAGCCCCUGACGGUGGAGGUCCAGAUCCAGCUGCACCAGUACCGCUCGGCCGAGGAGGCGCUCCGGGCGCUCGCCCUGUAGGGCACGGGAUUAAAGACUGUUCUGGCCACCGCGGCUCCGCGUCUGUCCGGCCGCCGCGCGUC